AAAAUACCACACCACAACGCAAUUGUUUGUCGAGGAGUGCAAUCGUGCUUGUGCGUUGAACCUGCUUGUGGAAAGUAACAUUGAAAUCGUUUGUGAAUCGAAAUACGCAACUCCCACAAUAAUCAUCAUGUCUCUGCCGCGCAACAUCGGCACCCUGCUGAAGGUUUCGCGUGCCCGCAGCGUACCGGCCGCCCUGUACCAUCAGAACGUGCUGGAGCACUACGAAAACCCGCGCAACGUCGGAUCGCUCGAUAAGAAGGACAAGAACGUCGGCACCGGGCUGGUCGGUGCUCCGGCUUGCGGUGACGUGAUGAAGCUGCAGAUUAAGGUGGACGAGAAUGGGAAGAUCAUCGACGCCAAGUUCAAGACGUUCGGGUGCGGUUCGGCCAUCGCUUCCAGCUCGCUGGCCACCGAAUGGGUGAAGGGCAAGACGCUCGACCAGGCUGGGCAGCUGAAAAACACGGACAUUGCGAAGGAGCUGUCGCUGCCGCCGGUCAAGCUGCACUGCUCGAUGCUGGCGGAGGACGCCAUCAAGGCGGCGCUGGAGGACUACAACAAGAAACAGAAGAAGGGUGGCGAGUAGGCCCUCUCGGCGGCAUCCAUGCAUUCGGUUCGGAGGCGGAGAUGAUUGUGUAUGAUAAGGAAGGCGAUGUAUUAGUUUGUAUGUUUGGUGCAACUUGCUGUAUGCUUAGUCAAUAAAACUCAUUUAUUGGUGUUGAACAAGUAAAACAAAA